AACCGUGUAUUCUUUCUGGAGGGAAAUUUAUUUGUUUACUAACAAGAAAUCGAAAUCUAAAAGAGUUUCUUUUCAUGAUGGAAGGACUUAGUUAUUUUUUCUAAGUUUAAGAAAGAAUUUCUUUAAAAAUAUAAAAUUUAGAUAACUUCUCAAGUAUUCCCUCUUUUUCUGAAUGGAUUUUUUAACUGAAGAGGAACUUUAUGAACUUCAGCAUGAAGAUGAAUUAGAUGUGCUGAAUGAAAUUGAAGACGUGCACCCGUUUGAAAGUUACAUAAAGCCUCCAGUCAAGAAGAGUUUGAGGAAUGAAAGUGAUUCUGAAACUAAACAUGUUGUGCCUGCAGAUCAAAAGAGUGAUUUAUCAGAAGAAGCUAGAGGAAAUACAAAUAAUUUGGCAUCUUUGGGUGAUGAAGAAAAAGAAAAUUCACAAGAUUUAUUCUCUGACCUUAAUGUAAAGAGUUCUAAAAGAAGCCUUUCCGAAACAUUAAGUGAUACUUCCAAUAAAGUGAAUUUGCCUGUCAAACGAAAGUUAUUUGAAUGUUCUCAAGCUCAAGUAGCAGAACAAGAUGCACCAUCUGAUGAUGAAUUAAUAAUUGAUUUAGGGGACAGUGAUAGCUUAUUACCUCAAAAUGAAAAAAGAAAAGCAUCUUGUUUAUCUGAUGAAGAUAUAGUUACUCCCAAAUCAGCAAAAAGAAGGUGUUCCACUACAGAAGAUGCUGUAGAAAGUUUUCUCAGAGGAAAAUUGCAGAGUCAGGCUAGACCUUCAUUAUUUACAGAAACUGUUUCAAUGGACAAACUCCCUAUAACACAGAGGCAAUCUAGAUCUUCAUCAUUUAAAGAUACUUAUUCAACAGAUAAACUACCCAUUACACGAUCAGAUGGACGUCGUAUAUAUUUUCCAGUGAAUGAAGAGAAAAUAGAACAUAAUGAUUUCAGCUUCAGCCAAAGAACAAGCUCUUUAUUAUCUUUGCCCAUUGAUAGAUUGAAAUCUCAAUAUUUUAUUAUGGAAGAAGAAUCUUUAAAACUUCAAGGUACUGAAGUGAUGGAGGUCAGUGAAAAUCAAGCUAAUCCAGAAUCAACAGUACUUGAAGUUACAAACGUUGACAGCUCUUUAUGGGUUGAGAAGUACCAUCCUACUUGUUACAUGCAUCUUUUGAGUGAAGAGGGUAUCAACAGGACUUUACUACAUUGGCUAAAAUUGUGGGAUAAAGUUGUAUUUGGAAAGGAAAAGAAGAAGAAGAAGAAACCAGUUGAAAACAAAAAAGAACAGUUUAAGCCUACUAAGUUUCAGAAAUUUGGAGAGCUCAUUGAGGAUUUAGAUGAACAUGGUCGACCAUAUCAUAAGGUUGCAUUCCUUUGUGGUGCUCCUGGAUUAGGAAAAACUACACUUGCAACUGUAAUAGCUAGACAAGCUGGCUAUAAUAUUGUUGAAAUAAAUGCCAGUGAUGAUCGUAAUCCAGAAACUUUUAAAAAUGCGCUUGAAAAUUCGACUCAAAUGAAAGCAGUGCUAGACCAAGACCAUCGACCCAACUGUCUGAUUCUUGACGAAAUUGAUGGUGCACCUGCUGCAUCUAUCAAUGUUCUUCUUUCUUUUAUAAAAUCUACUGGUGUACCUAAAGGUAAACGUAAGAAAGGAGAUAUUCCUCUUCUAAUGCGACCUAUCAUCUGUAUUUGUAAUGAUCAAUAUAGUUCAGCUCUAAAGCCUCUUAGACAACUUGCUCUUGUGUUGAAUUUUCCUCCCACUCUUCCUGCACGUUUAACAUCUCGCCUGCAUGAAGUUGCUUCAAAAGAGGGAUUUGAUGCUGAUGUAGCUGCUUUAACAUUAUUGUGUGAAAAGACAUGCAAUGACAUUCGUUCAUGUUUAUCAACACUUCAGUUUAUUCAUCGGAGUAAAAAAGAGUUGAGAAUAUCUGACAUAAAAGGAAUGCAUAUUGGACAAAAGGACAUGCAAAAAAGCUUAUUUGCAGUGUGGCAAGAUGUAUUUCAUUAUAAAGUCAAUAAAUCUUUCAGAGAAAUCUUUCAAACUGUACAAGCAUUCGGUGACUAUGAGAAAGUUAAUGUAGGGAUUUUUGAAAACUAUUUGAAUACGAAAUUCAAGCAUAGAAGCAUUGACAUGGUUUGGAAAGGUUCGGAAUGGAUGUGUUUUGGGGAUAUCAUACAACAGCAAAUAGCUCAUAGUCAACUAUAUUUCUUACUACCAUAUUUGCCAUAUCCAGCUGUAGCCUUUCAUAUGCUGUACUCUUCCAAUUCUUUUGCACAUAUCUCUUAUCCCUCUGCAUAUUAUGAACACAAAGCCAAAGGAUCUCAAUUGCAGAAUACAUUGUCUAGUAUGAUUAAAGAUAUGGUUUCUUCGCUUAAAACUUUUUUGAAUCCAACUAUGUUGCUUGUUGAUGUUUUCCCAUUUCUUCUGGAAAUUAUUAAGCCAAAUUUAAGACCAGUGAAUACCCAAUUAUAUAGUGAAAGAGAAAAAAAUGAACUCUCUAGAGUUAUAGAGUUGAUGUUGGCAUUUAAGCUGACUUAUCGUCAAGAGCGAUUAAUGGAUGGCACUUAUACUUAUGUUUUAGAUCCCAAUAUUGAAGAACUGAUACGAUUUAGUGAAAUAAAACCAAAGAAAGUUUUAACAUAUUCAACAAAACAGAUGAUUGCUAGAGAGGUUGAGAUGGAGCAGAUGAGAAAAGGUGAUUCUGGUGCUGAUGAUAAAGCAGCAAAACUUACUAAAGCUGCCAACAACAAGCAGUCAGAAGUUAAAGUAGCUCCUAAAAAACAAAUAAUUGAAGACAAACCCAUGGUUGAUUUCUUUGGCCGAGUUAUAGUUCAAACUGCAAGUUCAAAAAAAUCUUCAGAAAAUAAAGAUCCGAGAGAUGAGCAAGUAUGGUUUCAUUUUAAAGAAGGUUAUAGUAAUGCUGUUCGAAGAACUGUGUAUAUAAAAGAUCUUUUGUAAAGCUUUAAGUAUAUAAGGAUCACUUUUGUCUUAUGAACUAUGUAUAUUCUUUAGAAUUCAUUGGAAAGCUAUGCACCACAUUUCAAAUAUUAUUUAUUAAUUAUAAUUUACA